AAUUGAAAAAUAUACACGUUUUAACCCUUUUCCAAAUGAAAACAAUUCAUGUCAAUUGUGACAAUAUUCACAUUAAAAAGGUUUUCAUAACGUUUAUCCCUUGGGUAUACCCUGAUUAAUAUUUCAUUUUAUGACUUAAAUGGGACAGUCAGGCAUUUUGCGUCAUCAGCUUUGUAAUGUUUCUGACGCAAAUACCAGACAGGAGAGCGAACAAUUAUUUUGACGUCAAAUUCCAUUGUGACGUAGCAUUCUCUGACUAAUUUGACAAAACUCUUGAAGAGAGAUACGUAUUUCUUCACUAGGAAGUGAUUACAAUAACAAUAUAUUGAAAAUAAUGUUUGAUUUUUGUACUGUCUAGUGUCCACGGCAUAUAACAAUGGAUUUUAUGCUUGUGUGCGUUUUGCAGGUGUCCUACCCACUUUUGAUUUGAUAGAUCUUGCUAUCAAAUGAGUUUGAUCUAUUGAGUUUGAACAUGUUUUAAAAAUAUUCAAUAUCAAAACAAACCACCUUACAAGGCACGGCGAAGUCGUCGUAAAAAUAACUGUGUCUUAAAGAGAAUACAAAAAUGCCGUCGCGAAAAACCGAGCAAGUAUUUAAUAAUUACGUCCUUUGGGCAAAAACUUAGUAACGCAAGUAACAAAUAAAUAACAAAAGCGGUCGCGUUUUUUCUCGGUACAUGUUUCUUUAGCAGAACUAUCUUCGCGGCAGGCACGCAACUGCCAGCAUUAAUUAUCAUUGCAACGCUAUUUAUAUCCAUUGAAUUACGUACUACAUAUGUACAAGGUGCUUCCUCUAAUUGUCGCGCGUCAAGCCUUGUGGUCCCAUUGUUUAAGUUAAACCCACCGCAGACGCACUCUAAAGAAAGGUGUAAUGUUACAAACCACUGUCUAUUCAAAAAUAUUAUAUUACUAUUCUGCGAACAAAGAACAGGUUCCAAAUUCUGAGUUUUACGACAUUUCCCUUCAGGACAUGGCUCCGCACAGUACUGUUGAGCGUUUUUCUGUAACUUUUUAGUGAGAUGCGUGUUUGUUUACCGUUGUUUAUGAGUUAGUGUAGAGAUGUUGAAAAAGAAGGAAGUUCCGUGGUAUUCCAAUCAUCGUAUUCGGCUCCAGGACAAUUUCGCGAACUGGAGACACCACUCGUGUCGUGUACAUUGGAAUACAACAUGUGACUGCAAUGGUGGGGAGACGACAUGGUGUUUCAGUCAGGUGAAAGGCACUCUAGAGGACGACGUGACAGAAGCUGACCUGAUCUCCUGCGUGGAGUUCAACCACGAUGGCGAGCUCUUGGCCACCGGGGAUAAGGGUGGCAGGGUUGUCAUAUUUCAGAGAGAUCCGGCAUCCAAGCAAUGUGUGCCGAAGAAGGGCGAGUACAACGUGUACUCCACAUUCCAGUCACACGAACCAGAGUUUGAUUAUCUCAAGUCGUUGGAAAUUGAGGAGAAAAUCAACAAGAUCCGGUGGCUGAAACGCAAGAACCAAGCGCACUUUCUGCUGUCUACGAACGACAAGACCAUUAAAUUGUGGAAGGUUAGUCUUGUGUCGGAGCGGGACAAGCGCGUGACGGGCUACAACACGCGCGAGGAGGGGGGGCGGCCGCGAGACCCCGCGCGGGUCACGCAGCUGCGCGUGCCCACCGUGCGGCCCGCCGAGCUCAUGGUCGAGGCCUCGCCCAGGAGGAUAUUCGCCAACGCUCACACGUACCACAUAAACUCCAUAUCUCUAAACUCGGAUCAAGAGACGUACUUGUCGGCGGACGACCUCCGCAUCAACCUCUGGCACCUCGAGAUCACCGAUCAGAGCUUCAACAUUGUGGACAUCAAGCCCGCUAAUAUGGAGGAGCUUACUGAGGUGAUUACGGCGGCGGAGUUUCAUCCGACGGAAUGCAAUCUCUUUGUCUAUUCUAGUAGUAAGGGCACGAUAAGGUUGUGCGACAUGCGGGCGGCGGCGCUGUGCGACCGCCACGCCAAGCUGUUCGAGGAGCCCGAGGACCCGCACGCGAGGUCCUUCUUCUCCGAGAUCAUCUCCUCCAUCAGCGACGUCAAGCUCAGCAACUCCGGCAGAUACAUGAUGUCGCGCGACUACCUAGGUUUAAAAGUGUGGGACCUCCGCAUGGAGACGAAGCCUGUGGAGACGUACCCCGUCCACGAGUACCUCCGCUCCAAGCUGUGCUCGCUGUACGAGAACGACUGCAUCUUCGACAAGUUCGAGUGCUGCUGGAGCGGCGACGACCAGCGGCUCAUGACUGGCUCCUAUAAUGGAUUCUUUAGGAUAUUCGAGCGCGGCGGCAUGGGCGCGCGGCGCGGCGAGCUCACGCUGGAGGCGGCGCGCGACGCGGCCGCGCGGCCUCGCCAGCCGCUGCGGGCGAGGCGUGUCGCCGCCACCGCCAAGAGGAAGAAGGACGAGAUUAGCGUAGACUGCCUGGACUUCAACAAGAAGAUACUCCACACGGCGUGGCACCCUCACGAGAGCAUCAUCGCGGUGGCGGCCACCAACAACCUGUUCAUCUUCCAGGACAAGUUCUAGCGCUCGCCGCGGCCACGCACCGAGCUGCACGGUAACUACACUCACGGACAUAGGAUAGCGGCGCUAACACUAAUGAAAUUGACUGAUGUGGCCAACCAGCACCUCUCAAAACACGCCAUUCGAAUAUGAGCUUUAUAAUUCAACGAGUAUAGAUCAUUUCUGAGUGGUACUUUAAAGUGCAUGGUAGAUAUAAGACAAAAAAUGAUGAAAAUUUUGUUGUGCUACUUUAAAGUCUGUCAAAAGCAAUGACGUGAUAUCAGCUGGCAUAAAAAAGCAUUUCGAAUUUCUCUCUAGCACAAUGAAGCGAUGCAUCUUUCAAUUUCAUUAGCACUACGCGGUCAUAUCGCAUGCAGACUAAGAAUGUACGAUGCGUAUACGUAUAACGCAUAUAUAGCAAUAAUUUGUUUUGUAUGUACAAAAUGCGGGUGUUAUAAAUGUGUUUGUUACCCCAUGCGGAAGUUAAAUACACGUGAUACAGUCCUUAGUAAGAAGGUUCGUUGUCACCGGCCCAUUCUAAAAUAUUUUGCUAACUCCGCAUGUGGACAAAAAUAUAUAAUAGUGGUUAGAUAUUUUGUUAAAAGAACGUUUAGAAUCUGUUGACCAGACAUCUAAUGACAAAAUAUGUUCAAAAUAUUAUCAACUUAUAUAGAUGCUGUUUAUAUCACAUCGUGCUCAAUACAUUCACCGUACAAUAAUAUUAUAAUACGAAUAAAUAGCAGUGUGUCCUCGGUGCGUCAGCGAUCUUAACUUGUCAAUACUGCAAUGGCGGCUUUCCGUGACGUGACAUAUCGUUUAAUACCGCUGCAUCACAAUUUGUUUAGCGUUUUUGAAUGUGCUUUUAAGCAAUUUAAACACGUAGUUUGGGGGUUGUAUGAGUAAAAAAAGAUAUUGAGGAUUCCAGACAAAGAAAUACACUGUUACUUAAUAUGAUUUAAGAGACUUGAUCUUCCCAGUUUUUAUUACGUACCUAAAAUCCUUCACAUGGCUAUCUAUGGAUCAAAUCUAUAGUUAGUUGCACUGAUUAAAUAUCGUUAAGCGUACACUUUUCAAGGUCUGAAAACUCAUGAAUUACUCGUACAACAACCCUUGACGGGAUAGGCGCUAGUAUGGAAUAAAAGUUUGAUAAAUCUAGUAUCUCGACUGCCACAAGAAUUGUUUUGAGACAUUCGUCACCUUUAAAAUUUCGGGUUUUAGAGGCAGUCAGAAUUGUUAUCAUACAUAGGGUAAAAUAAAGUCUUAUAGUUGAUAAGUAUGAUUAUACCGAGUCCGUCUUAACCGCGACUGCUUGAAAAGUCGUCGAAAGCCGCCCUUGUAUAGUCGUGUCGUAAUGUAUAUGCUGUUUGUCCAAUACAAGUACUUUCUCAUUUCUUUUACUAAGCAGAAUCGAUCAUUUGCAGUAGAUAAGUUUCGCUCAGUUGAAAGAAUGUUUUCAAUCUUACACAGAUGUUUUUAAAUAUGAAGCAGCACUUAAGUGAAAUAAAUCCAAUAUUAAUUACAUUUUAUUAUGCCAUUUUAUUAAACAACAGUUUGUUUUGUGUGUAGUCCCAGUCACUAUAAAUGUUAGGUAUGCGUUGAUUCUCAUGGUACCUUACAUUACGACACAACAACUAGGUAGAUAGGAACUAAGUCCGUUAAUUCAAAUUUUCUGAGAAAAAUAAUUUAUACGCUUUUCUUACUUAAGGUUCUAAGCGGUAAUUAAGUAUUUAUUGUUUAAACAUAACGAUCCUUUAUUAAGGAAUGGACACACCGUUGUAUGAGAUUAGUUAGGUGUAACGAAAUGUCUUUGAGGCGUGGAAGGCGAGCUCUGAAUGUAUGAGAUCUUGAGGAAGGUGAGGCUUAAGCCGCGAGUGAAGUGAAGGAUAGGUUUUUAAGAACCGGCAGAAUUACUUCUCCUAAAGUAUAGAAGAAGUUUUUGGCUCUUAAAAACACAUCUUACGCCACGUAUCCCUAGGCCUCGCCUAUCAGUCACAAUAAAAAGUGGAAUAUCUAAAGUUCAGCUUGUUUUAUAUUUCUUAGUAAAUAAUAUGUAGCUAUGUCAACUUAUUCUAAAGACGAUUGGUAAUGUAAUAAUGGAAAAAACCACUGGGCCAGUUUUUACUUCAUAUUUAGUCGUUAUUACACCAAUCAUGUGUAGGUCUCAAACGAAAUAUAGGACAUAAAGUUCCAUCAUAAUAGGUUAGCGCGUCCGCGAAACUCGAAUACAGACAGACAAACAUGUUUACAAUAUACGUACAUAUCUUGAAGUCGCGCUGCGGUAGCAUUGAUCUCUUUAUCAUCAGAUCUCAUACAUUAGUGUUGCGCAUAGAUAGACUGGUAACUCAAUGAUAACCCGAAUGGUUUUACUGAAAUCCACCGCCAUAUUACAAAAUGACGGUUUGUACUGUAACUGUGAUAUUUUCAUUAAUAAAACCCUUAUUUAUGUCCAAAAUUCCAAAGUAUCUUUAAUUAAAAAAGUCACUGCCAUCGAAAAGAUAUAUAAAAAUCUCAUAGUUUGCAAAUUUACAAUUGUGCUAGGUUGCCCUGGUUUCUGGAAGAUCUGAUCAAUACAAAAAUGUCUUGAUCACCUGUCAAACUUUUAUAUCAACUGUUUUGAUUAGUGGUUAGUCUUUUUGGCCGACUAUUCAAUAUCAUGACCAGUAAGUAGAUUUCGUGAAUUUAAAAAAAAAUAUUACGUUAUAAUGAUAUUUUGCUAACAAUAAAUCAAUCAUUAUACUUUUUUCUUCGUGUUAUAUUACAAAGCCUAUUACUCCACCCAUUUUUCAAUUUGACAUAUAUUAAUUAUCUUCUUUAAUGCACAAAAGCACAAUAAUAUCUCAGUUACGGUCCAAAUAUCGUUAGAAACAUACGUAAAAUGUAACUUCGGCGUAAGCACGGGUCGUGGCCAUCGUGUUCUACGCUAGGAGUAGUUGAUAUAAUAUACUUUAUUUAUUAUUAUAUUAUUAUGUAUUUUUUUAAGUUCUUUGUGAUUUCGUUUUUACAAUCAUUGGCGAUCAACGUUACUUGUUACGGUUAUGUUAAAAUGUUUUUUUUUUUAUAGUCUUGAUGAGAUUUGAGUGGCCAUUUCUCAUGUUUCUGUAAUUCGUGUAACAUUAUAUAUGUGUAAUAUUGUUUAUUGGGUCUUUGUGAUUCUGUAAUUAUCUUAAAACAUGUUAAUAUUAUGUUUUUUUUUCUGUUAGUUUCUAUUCUGUUCUGUUAGGUUAGUAAAAUUACUGACCAUGGCUCGGAAUAUCUGUGGUCUUUGAUUCAUGUUUGUCUUCCCAUGUACGCUAUCCUUUACUCAAUUUGUAUAACUUUUCUUCUAAAAUAGUCUAGUUUUCUAUUGUAUUAUCGUACUGUCACGUAUCCACAUAGUUCUUGCCGAACCAGCCAAACUCAUCAAGACUACACCGUUAUCGGGUGAUUUCGGCAUAUAUUACUUAUUAAAAAAAUUGUGAUUGAAGCUUGAACAGUAUCGUUAAUAUUAUAAUGUAAAUAUGUAGUGAUGAAUGGAGGCCUGAACCUAUAGACUACGUCACAAUGUUGUACAGUUAAUAUAAUAUGUAUUUUGUGUAAAGCUUGGAAAAUUAUGUUUGAUUAUAUGAUAUGAAUUUGUUUUACCUUGUGUCUAGUUAUACGAUAAACAGCUAGAGUUUUAAUGUAUCUACAUUUAUACAUAAUUUUUGUAAUUGAAAUUGAGAUUGUUUAACUGAAUGUAAUAUGUAAAUCGAGGCUUUAAACAACGUUGCAUCGAGCGGAAUCUAUAUAGUAUACAUGAUAAUAUUGUGUUUUGUUAGUUGUCAGUGUGACGAUAGCUAGCCACUAUGACGUAAGAGAUCUGUCGCUCGAUAGAACGUCGCCGGACAGUGUCUGUUUCUGCAAAACUUAUAAGUCUGCAUAAAAAAUAUCAGUAAGAUUUUGGAGUUGUAAUAAACCUUUACAAUGGCCUAGUGUUAUACCCACAUUGUCGUGCAUCGUGUGAUACUCAUCCGUUUGUUGUCGCUAGAUCCCUAACGUAUCCAGUUUUGUACAUAGUGACGCUUCCCGGUUCCCGGCUCGCGAUAGUUUUGCAAGACGGACCCCGACUUAAGAUUCUGUACAUAGACACGUGUAACGGCUAACAUUCGUUUGUUGUUCGGCUGUAGUCAGGCCCCUUCCAUAAUCUCCACAACAUUUUUAUGUUCAUCGAUUUGUAUAGGGACUGUGUUAAGUUUUAGUUUUUUUUCUCUCGUCUAUUUUGUAAGGGGCCCGGUCAAUUCCUUCUAGUUGUUCCGAUGAUAGCUGAACACGCUGUUUCGCUAUGUAAUUUAAAAAAUGUGUGAUAUUUAAAAAUAUGCCUAUGCAGCUUGUACUACUUUCUCUUAUAAACGUCUCUAUAUGAUGUUCACAAAACGCUGUCUAAGACGGUUGUAAGUGGAAGAGUGUUAUUUUUAAAAUAUAUAAUUGCUUCAAAAGCAAUAAAUAGUAUAGGAAUUGACUGUCCCCCAAGAGAUCCAAUGUAAAAAUAUGUCGCUCUGUAGUAUAAAUGCAAAGACAUCUUGUAUAGAGUGUGGUUGCGAAGCGAGAAUGCGAGCGAAACAGGUGAUGAGUGAGCUAUAAUUUAAGUACUAGUUUAUAGUUAGGCGAAAACUGUGAAAACACAGAAUUAAAAAAUCAGUUUUUUUUCCUGUAUCGAGGGAUCAACAGAUAAUGCUUGAUAAAUGUGAUAAUGUCGCAAUAAGCGGUGUGUUGUGGUCUGCGGACGAAAUGAUGAUGUGGAUAGACUUUUUUUUCUUUUUGAGGUACCGUUUUGCGCUGUGAGGAACCUCGGACGGUUUGCUGACAACGAAACCUCGUGCUGUCAGUGUGAGCGCGCGCGUCAUCGCCGGCGGACCUUUACGAGGCGAACUACCGGACGCUAACACGACCUGGUACUCAAUACCCCUUUAGCUUCGUAAAUCAAAAUCCACAAUCAGCCAAAAUCAACACCAAUACGCACACAUUUCUUACUGACUUGGUCUCACAGCUGAUUCAUUGAUGCGUUACCAAGUUGGGUGUGGCGGUGUAACAGUAGAAUACAGAGUUAAAAUCAAUGUGCCAUGAUCUUUGCCGGCUCGGUGGCGCGUGCGCUUCACACGGAAAGAGUUGUUGUUAAAUCAAAAUAUUUCCUAUAAAUAAUAAAAUUUUUAUAACUGA